UUAUUUAUUCUUUUACAAAAAGAAAUCUUCACAUUAACUUUCCAUUCUUUAUAAAUAUAUCUUAUUAAUUAUUCUACAAAAAAAUUGUAAAAAACAAAAAUAGAUUUUACUGUUAAAAGAUGAUUUAAGGAGACUCUAGCUCUGCUUUGAUACCAUCAUGUCAUAUUUGUAUGAUAGAAUUAUCUCAUUAAAGAUAAUUUGUUAAAGUUUGCCAAGAUUAGAAUGAGAUAUGUGAUGACUGCUUAGAUAGCUGGAUUUCAUCUUAACUCAGCCUAAAAUCUACCAAUUCUUAGAGAGAAUUUAUUUUUAUGAAAUGUCCUUUUUCUACUUGCAAAAAGCUCUUUGAUUUAGAAUCUUUUUUGUCUAAGGUAGAUAUAAACAAGCUACCUAAGACUAGCAACGAGCUAUUUAAAAACUAUUGUAGAGAAACUAAUAGUAUUACAAACUGUCCAAAUGCUUUUUGUAAAAAUAUAGGAUUUAUCAACUCAGAAUAAACUUGCAGGUAGAAUUUAUAAUGUGAUGUAUGCUUGUACACAUGGAAAUUACCUUCCUAAAAACAUUUAAUAGAAUAAAUAUUCAAUUGCAUCUCUAUAUUUUAGUCCUAAAACUCCUAGCCUGGUAGCUAAGAUAAAGGUGAAUAGGUUAGAAAAAUUGUAAUAGAUAAGUACGAAGAGCUAAAGACAUUAAUCUAUAAGUUGAUUUUCAGCAAAUCUUGCACAAAAUGUGGAAUAUCAAUAAGCAGAAACGGAGGCUGCAAGUAAAUGAGGUGUGAAAAAUGCUAUCACCACUUUUGCUGGGAUUGCGGAUAAACUAUUAAUUUCAGACAUCAAAGCGUAAAAUGCUCAGUCUUACAAACAAUAAAAAUCUCUCUCCUACUUUCGCCAGUUUUUGCUAUCUAUUACAAACUAGGUUUCUUUUCAUUUUUGAAAGGAAUUUCAUUCACUUCUAUUCUAUCCUAGCCAAAUACAGUAAAUCUAGGCUGUAAGUUGCCUUAAAAAAUGCUAGGAUUAAUUGGGUUAUUCAUUCGCAUAUUUUUUUACCACUCUCCUAUAAAAAUAAUACAUUAAAUCUUGCUGAAUAUACAUAAAAACUUUCCAAAUUUGAUGCAAAAUAAUAUUUUAUUUGCAUAGUUGUUCUAAUAAAAGAUCUCAAAAUUAAAAGAAGAAGAAGAAUAAGGUAGCAACUUAUAUCAAAGAUAAAAGUAUAUUCAAAUAUUAAAAUGGGUUUUGCUACUUUUGGGAAAUGGAAUAUUACUUAAAUAAUUUGGAAAGGGUAAAGAAGUCUUAGGUAUUUUAGGAAUAGAAUCCCUUCUUUCAAUUUUUUUAAUAACUAAUCACAUAGUGUGAAACUUUACACUGAAUAUAUUUAUGAAUAAUAAACUUAAUUAUGGAGAUUAUGAUUAAAGUUUACACUCCAUAAUUACAAAAUAAAUAAUCUUUACUAUAAAUAAUAAGAUCUUUAAUAAUAAUUUACUUGAAGUAGUUAUCAAAUUUAUCAAAUUCAAUUUAUUUAUUAAUUUAUUAAUUUUAUAUAAUACUUACUAUUAAAAUAUAUAUUUUGUUUGUGUAUCCAUCCAUAUAUAGUUAAAAAAUAUAAUUACUAUUAUAAUAUUAAUUAAUAUUCUCUCUCA